AUGGCCGAGCAAUCCACCGAUGUUAAGGCCUUGGCAAAGACCUUGUCAGAUAGCUACUCUGCUCUACUCCAAUACAAUGCACAGUCUACCGAAUCGAUCAGUCAUCACUUGGAGCAGCUUGCAAAGUACAGCGACCAUCUCCCAUUGUCAUGGUUCACUCCAGCACUGUUGAAUGUAUUGAACACCUUGAACGAUCGUGGUCCUCAACCAGCUAUAUACACACUAUGGACAGUGUGGGUACGACGUCUUGCUGGUGCACCCGAAGCUGUCACUGCAGCCGAUGCACAACUAUCACAAGUUCUUACAAGGCUAGAGAACGCUCUCUUGGACGACAAGACAUCUCUUCAAAUACGCAAGGAGGCAUGGAUUGGAUUGGUAUCAUUGGCAGGUCGUGCACCAUCUCAAUUUUCGGAUUCUCGCAUGAUUCAAGGGAUGGCACGGGUUCUCAAGCAGUAUGCUCAACAAGAGGAUUUGGUGGAUACGAUGGGAGAAACCUUGGAUGCUGGUGUGGCUCAUUGUAUGGCACAAACUUCGGUGUUGAAUGUCUUUGAAGCCGAUCAAUGUGAACAUUUGCUCAACGAUUAUGCGCAAUUGGUGGCAAAACGAUCUGCAGGUCCACCUGCAGCCAUGGCAGUGAUGCAGCAUGUUGUCGAUGUACGAUCUCAGCUUAAACCCCCAACACGUGCCGAUGCCGAUAUGGAAGCACUCGUUGAUGUUGUUACCAAGGAUCGUCCAGAAAACGAGCCAUUGGCUUCUUCUCUCGUAUGGUUGGCUAUUUUGGCAGGUGUAGUACGUAUGCUGCAAUUCACCAAGGACAAGUCGAAAAAGAUGCAGGAUAUGCAGCGAAAGACCGAGGAGAUGUUAUUGCACCGAUUCAACGAUUUGAUCCCCAUUGUGAUGACAAAGGAGCACGCACAUCAAUUCGCUAUGAACCAGAAUAGCAUCGCCUAUAUCGCCGGUCAAUGCUUGCCCAAUAUGAAAACCUUGGAUGGCAUGGAUUACAAGGCUGUUUUGCGUAUCCUUAUCUCAUGCUUGUUGACGAGCGAGCAAGUCUGGAAGAAUGGCCAAAUCAUCGCGAAGUUAUCCAACACACAAUCUUGCAUCGAGCAACUCAAUCAGCUUUCCAAUGGUAUGGUGUACAAGGAUAUUGGCAGAAUAUCUCGAGCGAUUGGAGCCGUUAUUACUACUGGAUUGGAAAAGGAUUCGGAUGGCAGUAUGGCAACCAUGGUUCAAGUCUCUUUGGAUAGACUCGUUGGAUUCUCAUACAACGUAUUCAUUGAUUGGGAUCGCUUCUUACGUGUAAACCAAGAGUCACAAAUGAAUUCCAGCCAAAAGAAGAUAUUCAGUGAACUAAGCAAGAUCGUGUGGACGGUGUUUAAAACGAUGCUGUUUGCAUUUACUGCCAUCCUUAAGGCUGUAGCUGUGGAUAUCCCAAAUGGUGAGGGGCUGGUGAAUGUCAAACAUGCAGCUCAGGAUAUCCUUGCAGUAUACGCCAACUUGCAAUUCAUCACCGAUCAUCUUGGCUCAGGAUCCGGAUUUAAAGCGUAUCAAGACACAUUGACAAACGCUGUGGCCUAUUUGACACAUGAAGACGGCGUAUGCCAACUUAACAUGUUACUAUCCACGGCUUACAAGGAAUAUGCUCCCAACCAAUACACAGACGAUCAUCGACCAUCCACAUCCCUUCUUACACCGGUCCAAUUGUCACGCCUUACAUUCUUCACCAACCUUAUUGAACAAGUCAUGGCACACAUUGAUGACAAGGUGCUUGAAGCCGAUAUCCUUCCAGUCAUUUAUCCCGUACUCAAGUGGAAGAAGCCUGAAGAGAACAAGGACAUGUAUGAAAGUGCUCAUGCAGCAGUGCUUGCCGUAUUUUCAGCACAAAAGGGUGUGUCUCGAGAGCUUGCAGGAGUUUACGCGCAAAUGCUUGUGGACAGCUUCCCCGAACCCAUGUCAUUACACCAGCUUCGGUUUGCCUAUUCCACCAUGAUCCAAUCACUAUGCCAAAUGGAUGAUGCAUUGUCAUGGCUUGCAACCCAGUAUUUGUUGGACAAGAUACAUUCGCUUACUUCGGAUGAAAAGGAUUUGGUGCUUUUAUCACAAUACACAACUGCACUUAUCGAUCUCUUGAAGCCGCUUUCACUGGGUCCCUUCUUCGAUCGCCUUCUCAAAGAAGUCCAAACUUUGGUCAUGCAACCAUCACUCACUAAUGAUAUGCGGACGUCUAUGCUCAAGAUUUUGUUCGAGACUGUAAGCGGAUCCGGUAUUUCAGAUAUGCGACGCGUUGAGGCAGUAGGCUGGUUCCUGGAUCUCAAGCGUAAAGUAGAAGCCAAAUCCACCAUUCGUACUACUACCACUACUAUUACUUCCCCACCAUCACCAUCAACAGAGAAACGUGUAUAA